CCCGGUCCUCUCCACUGAACUCCAACCCCCGCGCUCUCUAUCAGCAUCUCAUUCCUGUCUCAAUAUGUCUCAAGAUGGCGGCCAAUGCAGGAUCGAUGUUUCAAUAUUGGAAGCGCUUUGACUUACAACAACUACAGAAAGAACUAGAUGCCACCGCCACACAGCUUGCCAACAGACAGGAUGAGAGCGAACAGUCAAGAAAGAAACUAAUCGACCUGAGCCGGGAAUUUAAGAAGACGACUCCAGAGGAUUUACGGAAACAGGUCGCCCCCCUACUAAAGAGCUUCCAAGGAGAGAUUGACGCCUUGAGUAAAAGAAGUAAAGAAGCAGAGGCCGCCUUCUUGAACGUGUACAAGAAAAUAAUUGAUGUCCCAGACCCUGUACCUGUGCUGGAGCUGGCUCAGCAGCUGCAGCUGAAGCUCCAGAGGAUGCACGACAUUGAGACAGAGAACACCAAGCUGCGAGAGACACUGGAGGACUACAACAAAGAGUUUGCAGAAGUUAAAAACCAAGAGGUUACCAUCAAGGCCUUGAAGGAGAAGAUCCGUGAAUACGAGCAGACUCUGAAGAACCAAGCUGAGAACCUGGCCCAGGAGAAGCAGCUCCAGCUACAUAACGACUAUGCAGAGAAGGAGAGGAAACUCCAGGAGAGUCAGGACUCCAUGUCUUCAAGGUUGAAAGAGGCUGAACAGAAGGCCCAGUCCCUGCAGACAGCACUUGAAGCAACUCAGGCGGAGCUCUUUGAUUUGAAGACAAAGUAUGACGAGGAAUCCACAGCAAAGGCUGACGAGAUAGAGAUGGUGAUGACAGACUUGGAAAGAGCCAAUCAGCGAGCAGAAGUGGCAGAGAGAGAGGCGGAGGUGCUCAGAGAGCAGCUGUCAUCAACUAACCAAUCCCAACAGCUCAGCAGUCCCACCAAGGCCGACCCUGACUCGGAUCAGGCACCAGAGGUGGCAUCGCACUCCAACCUGGAGGCGGAGCUGAGGGCCAAAGAAAGGGAGACCGCCCAGCUGGUGGAGGAUGUCCAGAGACUGCAGGCCAGCCUGACCAAACUCCGAGAGACCACCAGCUCCCAGAUCUCCCAGCUGGAGCAGCAGCUUAGCAGCAAGUCUGCAGUUCUGAAGGAACUGGAAGAGAAAUUGGAAAAGCAAGCCGACUAUGAGGAGGUCAAGAAAGAGCUAAGUAUCCUCAAGACCAUGGAGUUUGGAACCGAUUCAGUGCAGGAUUCUUCCAAACCACUGGAAGUGCUGCUGCUGGAGAAGAAUCGGACUCUUCAAUCAGAGAGCGCCGCUCUGCGCAUCGCCAACACUGAGCUGAGCGGGUCAGCCGGGAGAAAAGGGUCAGAAGAGUCCACAGCAAAGGAGGACGCCGUCAACAGCGAGCCUUCUUCCUCACCACCUCCUCCACCUCCCUCUCUCCCCUCCUCCUCUCAGCACCCAUUAUCUCGUACUCACAUAGACCCUCUGAACACUGCCACCACCAGCAGCGAGACUCAACCCUUCACUCCUACGGGCAUUGGACAAGAGCUCUACUCCCCCAUGUUCCCCCUGGUUGGCAGUAAGAUGGCUCUGAACUCCCUCAUUCAGCGACAGCUGCUCCAGACGUUCUACUCCAAAGCCUUGCAGGACUCCUCCGGGAUCCACAGUGGCGCUCUGCUGUUUACCCCCUUCACUCCGGCCCUCAGCUCCAUCCCUACCUCCACCCCUGGCUCAGGGUCCGCCGCCAUUCCCCUGGCAGCCAGCAGUCCCCAGCCCCCUCCGGCCAGUCCCGAUAUGGCUCCGGUCAACGGGAGCAGCACUGCGGGCAGCGCACCCUCCCCGUCGCCCAGCCACUCUGACGCCACCACGGGCAGCGUCCUAGACGGGGAGGACAUGGACACAGCAGAGAUUGCCCGGCAGGUGAAAGAGCAGCUGAUCAAGCACAACAUCGGCCAGCGGGUGUUUGGUCACUACGUGCUAGGACUGUCUCAGGGUUCAGUCAGCGAGAUCCUGGCCAGACCCAAGCCCUGGAACAAGCUGACCAUCCGGGGGAAGGAGCCCUUCCAUAAGAUGAGGCAGUUCCUCGCUGAUGAGCAGAACAUCCUGGCGCUGCGGAGCAUUCAGGGACGACAGAGAGAGGGCUCAGGCCAGCCCCAGCUUAGCCGAGUGUUUCAGGACGCUCCGAAGCGGAGAGCCCACUCCGAUACACCUUCACACACAGGUAACAUCACCUCUCGCGUCCGCACCCCAGAGGCAGGCUCGGAUGAAGCCAUCAAGUCCAUCCUGGAACAGGCCAAAAGAGAGCUGCAGGUGCAGAAAGCCGACUUGUCCCACGCUCAGCCAUCUUACACGGGACUUAAAGGAGGGGGUGGAGGAGGUAUAGGGAGCGGAGGGGGCAGCGGUUCAGACGAAGCCAUCCGCUCCAUCUUGGAGCAGGCACGUAGGGAGAUGGAGGCUCAACAGGCUGCUUUGGAGCCCAUCCUCAAAGCUUCGUCUGCGUCUUCCUCCUCUGCUUCUCUGUCUCAGAGGGACAUCCUGGGCUCUUCUCUUACUGCCCCACUCCCACCUUACAACUCACUAGCUCUCUCCCUCAAGAAACCGCCAAGCUCCCACUUGUCCUCGCCUCCUUCCCCAUCUCCAGUACUGGACUUCAGCUCCGGUGGGAAGAGAGACGGCAGAGCUUCCUCAGGUAUCGACAUGUCGGCUGAUGGAGGGUUCAGGUUGAGCCGCCCCUCUGAGGGUUCUGCUCGCCCCGGAAGCGCUAUAGGAGGGGGUUACUGGAGAGAGCAGUGGUGGAGCAACAUGCACUCCGACCACCGGCGGAGCUUAUCCAGCCAGGUGGGCGAGGAAAACCACAACCAGGAGGACUCCAAAGAGGGAAUACUGAGCGACAGUUUAACUCGACACAAACCUUGGAACAAGUUGAACCAGAGGAGCCGAGAGCCAUCAUACCUCCGUAUGCAGACGUGGCUCAACGGGGACCAGGGGCAAAACGCACACAUCCAGCAAGCUCAAAACCAAGCAGAGGGCACUCCCAAGACAUCAGCAAGCUGCAGCCCCGCUCCCGAAUCCCCGCUCAGCUCUGCAGAGGAGUCUGUUAACGGUCUCGCCGGGGAUCCCCUCGCCUCGCAGUCCUCCAGCCUCAAGCCUCAGUCUGAGGAUCCCUCAGGUGGGGAGUCUCAGCCGGGCACCCCGCUGCCCCUACCGGGUCACUCCAGUCUCAGCAUCCAGGAGAUGGUAGCAAUGUCUCCUGAGCUUGAUACGUACGCCAUCACCAAAAAGGUUAAGGAGGUGCUAACUGAUAAUAACCUUGGUCAGCGACUGUUUGGGGAGACCAUCCUGGGUCUGACUCAGGGUUCUGUCUCAGACCUGCUGGCCAGGCCUAAACCCUGGCACAAGCUGAGCCUGAAGGGAAGGGAGCCCUUUGUCCGGAUGCAGCUUUGGCUCCAGGACCCACACAGUGUGGAGAAACUCAUGGACAUGAAACGCCUAGAGAAGAAAGCUUACAUGAAAAGGCGGCUGAGCUCCCUGAGCGACGGCCAUUCUGUGGACGGAGUUUUGUCGGGGCCCGAUUACAUGCAGGGCUCCCAGAGCCCGGGGGGCCAGCAGCAGCUGAAGAAGCCCAGGGUGGUCUUAGGCCCCGAGGAGAAGGAGGCCUUAAAGAAGGCAUAUCAGCAGAAGCCCUACCCUUCCCCUAAAACCAUUGAGGAGCUGGCCUCCCAGCUCAACCUGAAGACCAGCACGGUCAUCAACUGGUUUCAUAAUUACAGGUCACGCAUCCGAAGGGAGCUUUUCAUAGAGGAGAUCCAGGCAGCUGGAGGGAUGGGGCCUGGGAGUGAGGGGGGAUCUCCUUCUCUCCGUGGGUCCAAAUCAGGAGAAGGGGACAGCUGUGACGGGACAGAGUCUGAGGGCACGGUUGAUACCCGCCAGGGACUGGGCAUGGAGGAUCACAGAGGGGCAUGCAAAGACCAAGGCAUGGAGGUAGAGUCUGAGGCAGGCGGCUCUAAUAACUCCCCCUCACAGUUAGACUGCACCACCUCAGGCUUAGCUGGGCCGGGCUCCAGCUGUGGACAAACUGGACUGGGCAUCUUCAGCCUCACAGAGGCUUCCUCCACUAGCUCUGCCUCGAGUACAAACAUCCCAGCCUCUGGCUCGGCCAGAAACCCCAGGGACAACAAUCUGCGCAAGAAGAAGGCAGCCAAUCUCAAUAACAUCAUCCACAGGCUGGAGAAGGCUGCCAGUAAAGAGGACCCCUCAGAGUGGGAGUUCUAGCUCCCUCUGACCCCCUCCCUCAUCCUUAUCGUCUCAUAACCUCACGACCUCUAACCUUGGACCCCUCCUGCUCAGUUUCAGUCGGAGAGUGGACACAGCCAAAGUCAAGCUCAGCAGCCAUUUUUAUUGCAUAGAAGCUUUCCAAAAAAAAAAAAAAGGAAAGAAACAAAGAGUGGUUGGCAAAACCCUUAAGAAGAAGAUUUUACUGAGUACGUAGAAGAACAAAAUAAGAGAUUUGUCUCUCCUGUUUUUUUGUUUUUUUUUAAACUGAGUUUUGUUUUUGUACUGAGAAAAAGCACUUAACCGUCCUGCUGGCCUCUGGCCCUGCUGUACCUCCCCUUAUCACCAGCCACUGGUGCACCAGACUGGUUAGCCCUGAGCUGGGGUCUGACCUGCAGCUGGGGUUCGAACCUGAACUCAGUAUCACAGGCAAGGCCUGACACAGCAGCUGUCACAGUGAUAGACACUGAUAGAGACAGAAACUCUCUUACAAGAACUCUCACUUUCUUAAAGGAGAUUUUUUUUUCCUCUCUUCUUCUCACCUCCCAAGUGUCCACAAACCUCCCCUCACUCAGUGAGACGCCUCAUUUUUUUCACACUGUAGAGUGACUGUUACAAACCCUUUGCCUUUUUCACUCACUGCGUGUGUGUUUGUACGUUAGGGGGUUGUGUCUGCGUGCACCUGUGCGUGUGUUUUAUGUGUGCGUGAGUGCGUAUACACCUAAAUGUGGUGCGUGUUCUUUUUCUCGGCAGCAGCAUGUUUUUAAGUCGCUCCUACACUCUUCGGAGGGUAGAGGAAAGCCUGCUGGCUGAGCUGCCAUGGUUACUGAAAUAAGACGGAUGAACUUUGACCUGUUCUGUCCCAUAUCCUGUCCUGCUGACAGCCAUGUGAUGGCCAGAAGGAUCAUUUUGAAUUCCUCUCAAACAUAGACGCUCAUCUGAAGAGGAAGGAAGGAAGGAAGCACCUUUUCUAUCUGCCUUCUUUUGACCCUUCUCUUCAGGAUGAAGGAUGAUCUGUUUUUGAUACUGCAAUUUGGUUGCCAAUAAGAGAUUGCACAGUCUAUCGACUCUAAAGAGUACAAAAUAGGGAAUUUUACCGAACAUUUUUUUUAAAUUAGUACAAAACGACAGAAAAGAAGACAGUUAAGGAGUUUCUGUUAGAAUAAAAGCUAAACGGAUUAGAGUGGAAUAAUGUUGCGUUUUUUUGGGUUGUUUUAUUUUUAGAUAAAACACAAUGAAUCCAUGUAGUACUGUAGCUGUCUCACAUGGUGUUGCUCUACGUGUGUCUCUUGUUUUCUUGGGUUGUACACGUCACAGCUGUGCAUCACUACCGAAAAGAAACUCUCUGGUCACAAACCUGUUUUUAUAGGCCAAAUCAGGAAGAGUGUGUGCGUAGGUGUGAGUGUGUGUGUAUUUUUGUGUGCAUUUAUACUUGCCUGCAUGUAAGUCAGGGUUGAGGUCAAUUCACACAGUAAAGUUUAAAAAGUAUAUUAUAAUCCUUGACUGAAAAAAGGAGGAUUGGAGCACAUUUUAAGUGCUGAACUCCAUUAUCUUGUUCUUUUUGCAGUUUUUAUUUUUUUGUCAAAGUGAGUUCAUCCCAACCCCUCCCCCUUCCUGUUUGUGAGUAGUCGCCCCCUCCCUGUUUUCUUCAGUCUAUCCUGUAUCCAGGGAUAAAUGUCUUUUUUUUUUGCAUUGAAUUCUACUGUAAACACUACAAACUUUAAGGCAUAUCACUCCCCCUCCCCGUCCUACACAAGCCCUCAGUGCCUGUCAGCCCACUGCCUCCCCCCCUUUGUGUGUGUGUGUGUUUAUGUGCGCGCGCACGGACACAUGCGUGCUCGUUUGCGAGCGACAGAGGAGCGUUUUUUUCAAAUGAGUGGGGUCAUAUUUCGUAUAUCUACUUGCACACACUACUAGUGCACAACUGACACCCUUCUUUAAGCUGUUUGAUGCGUUACCAUUGCAUUAAUCUUCUCACAAAGUAGUGUAAUACUAUGAUUUACUGUAGCUUGGUUUUAUUGCUAUUUUUGCAUUUAUAGUUUGGUUUUUAUUCUGCUUAUUUAUAGGUGCUGUAUUUUUUUUUCCAUUUAAUGUCUUAUCAUAUGAGUUGUCUAUUUUUUAAGGGAUUAUACUGUUCCUGAGGGCAAGUAACAUUUUUAUUAUUAGACGUAUAGACUGCCGGCAGUAUUGGUUAAUAUUUACAAAGAUGUACUAGUUCUCAUUUGUUUGUAUAUUCAUGAAUCCUAAAGUUUAGUGUCAUUUCAAUAGCUUUGGAAAUGUGUUUGCUUCACUUCAUGCUCCCAUAAGCAUAAAAGCUCUUACCACAACUGUUAUGCUCUUAAACUGCUAGCUAGAGAAUCAAAGGACAUAUCAAGAUCACUGAAUAUAUGUUAGUCUGUUUAUCUUCUAUUCUGGGGUAAUGAUAUUUUUAUUUUUGUUUUGUUUUUUUUCCUUGGGCAAGCCCAACACUAACACUCAGCAGAGCACACAACUUCGCCCAUUUAUAGACCAUGUGAACGUGAUCAACUGGUCCGCAUUUGUACUCAAACAAAAAAAAAAAAAAGGUCAAAUGAAAUAAUCUAAACUUGAGAAGCACGCUCACUUGAAAGAGGUCAUAUCUGCCAAAUUGAGAUUAGAGAAGCGUACCAGCCAGCAGGACGUGCUGCGCCAUAUCGAGCAGAGAUAGCCAGCCUAUGAUUAUGCAGAAUUUCUAUUGCAGUUAGCAAACAAAGCACUUAUGAGGAUUUCUUGGUGACUUAAACCUCGGACAGGGUCUGUAAACACUACGACGGAGUACCAUCCCAGGAAUCCUGGGAAGUGUUUGCCUUUUUUUUUUUUUAACCAGUGGUUGUGAACCAAGCACAGACUCUCAUCCGAAUCUGAACACUAAAAAUAACUAGGUGGCCGUGCCCAUGUCCAACACGAUAAACUAUAAUCCUGUCCAAACUACAGAUGACUCUGACACAAUAAGCUGUUGUCCUGUACAGUUGUAGAUAUUAUAACUAAGCACCUGUUUUGGUCUCCGUACUUGCCCCCCCCUCACCCAACCUCCCUCCUGACUGGUUCAUCCAGAUUUCCUGUUAGCCAACAAGGUCUUUGCACUGAUGCUGGGAUUGGAUUUUCUAGAAUGGGUGCAUCUUGGUGGUUCAUUAAAGUAAAUCACACAUUGUGAUAUAUUUAAUGUGUUGAUUUUAGAAAAUGAUUUGAACUUACAGUCAAUGAAAACCUACAAUUCAGUUUCUCAGUACAUUAAAACAAAGCUUUAGACUUAAAAGAUAUAUUUAAUUACAAAAAGUGAUAACUGGAAUGUUUAUGUACUUUCCUCUGUAUGUUUUAUGUUUGAAUUACUGCCUCGGUGUGGCAGGAAAAGGAAGAGAUUCGUUCAGUUUUGUUGAAGUCUUCCAGGUUCCUUUAUCGCAGGUCUGGGGUCUUCAUCUUGACAAUAGCUAUGGGCGCAAAUAAUCGGCUGGAAGGCCUGAUCAGAUCGAAAAGUUAUUAUAUAAACAUGUCAGACUGAAGGAUUUAAUCCGACUGGGAAAAAAUGUCAUUCUGAAAAAGAGGGAUUUUCCUCGGGUCGCCAUUUCGAUCGGGAUCCGUUUACACACCCAUUCAGAUCAUUGGCGUAAAAUAAACACUCAGCGUAUGUGCCUGACGUUUUUUCAUAAAUUUGACAGUUUUGUGCCUGUUUAAAUGAUUUAAUCUGCUCGAACCCUUGGUACGUGUAUACACACGACAUGAUCCGAUCAUGUUCUUUAGUGUCCUUAAACAAAUUUAUAAUUUUUGAUGAAGGUUUGGAUCCAAUUAGGAAAAUGUUGCACUUGUGUUUAUAGAUUUGCAUUGAUACGGGCAAAACCCACCCUAAAGAAGAAUUAAACUCUGAUUUCUGUAAAACUCAUCUCCGCAGAGGAGUGUAAAUGGAUCCUAAAUCCUGCUUUGGAUUCAGUAGAACUCGAGUUUAGAAACUGAGUUUGGGUUUUUUAUUGGCUUCAAAUCCCAAAAUUUAAUAAAAAAUUAAGCUGAUUUAAUUUUUCACUUCAAAUUAAAUAUGAUGCACCUGUCUCAAAUUCUUUAAGCACAUCAAGGUCCUUCUGCAGACAACUCUGGACCAGCAGGAACAUGGCUUGUUGUACCAACCAAAAGAAUCUGUUUAAAACACACACAAAAACAUAAAAAGCACUUAACCCAUCACUUAUGUCAUCAACCCGCCUAAAACAUGCGAGAUCAUCAGAUUUGUGCCUUUAUCUGCCAAGCAGGGCACCAAACUAGUGAUGUCAUUAGACAGUUUUAGCUGAUAUCUCACUUCAAAUUCACGCUUUUUUCUUACAAACUCCUCUUGGUACUGGAAACGUUUCUCAGACUGCAGGGAUGCAAACUUAUUUUUGUGUUAUGUUUCAAUCCAGGUCCUCAUGUCCCCGUCCCCCCCGCCCUCAAAGCAUUUUCUUGUGUUGUACAUAAACUAGCAGCAAAACAAAAAGGCCAGAGCAUAGAAUGAAGGAGGAAGCAUGCAGAAACAGCAGCAUACACUGUAAGAACACUGAAUUUAUUCACCGGGCAUUUUUGUAAUUAUUUUUUCUUAACGCAUCAGUUUUUGCUGUGACAUUAAAAACGGCACUACAUGUAUUGAUAAUGACGCGUGCCAAUUCUUCUGGGUUCUUCUGGAGGAAAAAAAAAA